AUGUCUUUUAAUAAUUCCAUUAGCUACGAAGAGGAGGUGACUCCUGUAAAAUUCAACGCUGUCGCGAUUUUACCAAAGCCUGGAGAUAAUGUUGCUGUUGCGAUAAAUGAGAUUCCUAUGGGGAGUCUGGUUGAAUUAUUGGAUGGAAAUAUUGUUUCGAUAUCCCAUACAGUAUUAGAAGGACAUCGUUUUGCUGUGAAGAGAAUUGAGGAGAAUGAUGGACUGUAUUCAUGGGGCAUGCAGUUUGGUACUGCCUUGAAGACGAUUCAGCCUGGUGAGUACAUUAUGAAUGAACGUGGAAGGAAAGCAUUGAAGAUUGUUGAUCCUUUAUUUAAUUGGCCAAAAGAAGCGAAUUUCGACGAUCGUAUUGUUUCCUACGUUUUGGAUGAGGAAAACUUCACGCCUGCUCCUCCUAUGGAACUUGUUCCAAAUUAUCAGAACGAAACCUUCUUAGGAUACUAUCGUGACGAACGUCGCGGUGUGGGAACUCGAAACUACGUGGUUGUUUUCUCUGCCUCCUCGCUCUGCAGUACUCCUUCACAGUCCCUGCGAUCUAGACAGCAUCGUCCAGCGCGUAACGCGCGUCUGUGCCCGAGAAUACUCUCACCACAAACUCGAGAACGCUCCAGCGAAACCAAACCGAACAACGACUCCCUCGUUCUCCGCACGCUCAGCGGCCUCCUCGUUCACCCCAACGUCGGCGCCGCCAUCGUCGUUUUCCACCCCUCGUACCGCCAAUCGCGUUCUUUUUUCUUCUCUAGAGACUUCGUCGCUCAGACUUCGCUUCUCUCCUCGCUUUCUUCCAUGGGGUUCGACGCCUCCUCCCUCCCCAUCUCCUGGAUCUCCCUCGAAUCCGCACAAUCCGACGAAGCCUCGCUCCGCGCCUCCGUUUUGGAGGGAGUUUCGAUUGCCGCCAAAACCAAGCGAUCCCCGCAGCCCCUCGCUUCGCUCUGCGUAGCGCUGCAGUGCGGCGGAAGCGACGCGUUUUCGGGAAUAACCGCGAAUCCGCUGCAGGGCGCCAUCGCGGAGCACUUGAUUCACCGCGGGGGAAGUGCGAUUUUAGCGGAAACGGACGAGCUGAUGGGCGCGGAUGCGUACAUUCUGGACAAAGUGCGAAACGUGGAAACGGCGAAGGCGUUCAUGGCGACGCAGGCGCACUACGAAGCCGUGGCGAACCUGCACGGCGUGAGCGGGCAGGCGAACCCGUCCGGAGGGAACUUUUACCGCGGUUUGUACAACAUCACGCUGAAAAGCCUGGGCGCGGCGAUGAAGAAGACGGAGAACACGCGGCUGGAGGGAGUGCUGCGGUACGCGGAGCGGAUCGGGGAGAAGCCGCGCGGGUAUUACUUCAUGGACACGCCGGGGAACGACAUCGAGAGUGUGACCGGGCAGGUGGCCGGAGGGUGCAAUGUGAUCAUGUUUUCCACGGGGAACGGGUCGAUCACGAACUUCCCCUUCACGCUGAAGCUGCUGACGACUUCGAAGCGCUACCACCGCUUAGAGAAGGACCUGGACAUCAACGCGGGCCGCUUAUUGGAGGGCGUUCCGCUGGAGGAGCUGGUGCAGGAGUCGGUGGAGCAGGUGCUUCGCGUGGCGGAGGGCCGUCGCACGUUCGGAGAGCGCGCGGAGCACAGCCAGAUUCAGAUCUGGAGGAAUUGGUACUGCGAGUCGGAGGCGGACGUGGCGCGCUACGCCAACGCGGUCGCUCCGUCCAGAGUGCCGUUUGCAACGACGUCCAUCGAGCUGCGCCCGCUUUACUUCGACGGUCUGCGCUUUGAAAAGGAGAUCGGAUGGGUCGAUUCAACGCGCCACGCAAAGGGAGAACAAGUCGCCGCUCGCGCGGGGUUGGUUGUCUUCCCCACGUCGCUCUGCAGCGGACAAAUCGCCGCCAUCAUCGCCGACACGCUGCGCGACUACAAACGGGGAAACGGGGAAACUCAAUAUAUGAAACUUCUUGAUGAAUGUUUCUCCGGUUUCUCCGGUUUCUCCGGUUUCCCCAUUUCAGAGAAGGGAGAAGUGACGUUUGUGGAGUCGUUGGUGCAUACGGAAGGAUGUGCAGAGGGCUAUGGAGAGUCGGCUUUGGACGGAAUGAAAAACUACGAUCGUGUGGCGAUGGGCCACAUGCUGCAUCCCUUCAGCCGCUUUGUGUUUAUGGUGGAACACGGCUGCGAGAAGAGCCUGCUCUCCUACUUCGAUCUGCAUUUUAGAGAGGACUGCGGAGUGGAAAUGGGGAAAUUCGGACAGGCGUCGGUGCAGAAGGACGGAGGCAUUCACAACACUGUGAAGAAGGUAGGAUUUUUGGAAGUCCAUUAUUCGAGGCUUUUUCGUGGAUCAUCGAGACAAUGAAGAACCGCAAAAUGUUGGAAGUGGUGCCGCACGUUCCAAUAAAAGGCCUGAUUUUUGGAGUUCUGACCAAUCGGACGUCGAUCGAUUCGAACUCUGUGAAAUUGCUGGCGAACGUGAUUCGACAAUUGGUGCGGAAUCAGUGCGUGGUCGUGAUUCCAGAAAACGACAAGAUUCUUGGAAUUCCGGAAUUCCGGUCGAUUUUGUUUGACUCGGAAGAAGAGCUUCCGAGUUCGAUUCUGAACGGAGAAAUGGUGGAAACGGAGAAACCGGGAGUUCAGAUCAUGCGAAUGGGAAGUCCGUCGGACUAUGUGGAGACGAUCACUUCCCUGGGAGCGACGGGAGCUUCGCUUCUUUUGCUGUUCUCCGACGCUCCGAUCGCGCUGUCUGGGCAUCCGUUCAUUCCAACGGUGCGAAUGGGAAGCAAGCCGACGAAGAGCGGAAUGGUGGACGUGCUGACGACGGAGGGAGAAGAGGCGGUGUAUCGAAAGAUUGAGAAUGUGCUGAGUCGUCGGGAGAAGACGAAGGUGGAAGAGAAGCGGCUUACGGAUUUCCAGAUAUUGAGAACAAUGAAUGGAUUUUCGUUGUAAGGACGA